UACGACGUUUCGACAUUACGACGCCCGUGCCUCGUCCGCCAUUUUGUCCCAGCACCAUAGUGUUUCUGCUUAGCUAGUGCAUAGUGCUUGUCUGUGUUUAUGCGGCUGGAGUAUCUUUGCCUUUUUCGCCCUCCUUUUUUCACACUCUCAGCAGUAAUGCUGAGCCGGGUGGCGGCAACAAUAAAGGCACGAAGCACCGGUUUGCUGCAGGGCCAGAGAAGAUCCCCCAGUGAGCUUCAAAUGUGACCGUUUAUAAACUAAAAAGCCAGCACAACAAUGCAGGAGAGAAAAGAUGUGCACAGAUUGUUUUAUCUUUCCUCCAACUUCACCAUGAACUAACAAGGGAGGAAUACAAAGCUAAGGACCGACAUGCUGUUCUCAAGUCUACAUGAGAACAUUGUGUCGUCUGUCUCACGCAUUCACAACCUGACCGCUGAAGCAAACCUCUUGACGUCCUCGUCCACGCACACGGCUGUAGGCAUGAAUGUAUUUAUCUAUGUGGUCGUCUUCCUGGCUGCUGUGUCUAAGGUCUCCCUGAGUCUGCCCUCACAGUCCUUUAUGAUACACGACAGAUCCGACAGCAAUCCAGUCGUGUUGGAUGGCCCGACAUACAACCACAUGCGCCAGGCCCGCUCUGCCGCAGCGCUCCCCUCAGAACAGCAGGCCAACCAGCCCCGGAAAGACGCAGAGGUUUUCAACACCUUGCGUCAGCUACUGGUCAGACUCAUCUCCAGGAAAGGCAUGCCCUACCAAAGCAGAUCCCCCAUCGCGAGCAGAGCCAGCGGUCUGGCGCCUGAGCACAGGAUAAAGGACCGAGAUUAUGAGGGCUGGAUGGACUUCGGAAGGCGCAGCGCAGAGGCAUUUGAAUACUCCUAAAGGCACUGCUUUCUUUCUUUCAAUGCAGAGCUACAGUCCUCAACAUUGCCAAAAAGCAUCCCCUCAAUAUAUGUCCUACUCACAGCGUACAGUUAAGCCCAAAAUGAUUCACACUCUUCCAUAUUGCUGGCAUCGGGCAAGAUCCUCAUAUCUCCAAAACCAUAACUUUUCAGGAAACGCAACGCAUUUUCAACACUCUAGAAAGGUCAAUAAUUUGUAAAAGUAACACACACACACACGGGUAAUAACCAAUAGUAUACAUUUGUGAAAAAAUAAAAAAUGUACCAAAUUUGGACACGGGAGAUAGAUUUCCAGGUGGCACGGUGAACAACUGGUUAGCACAUCUGCCUCACAGUUCUGAGGACCCGGGUUCAAAUCCGGCCUAACCUGUGUGGAGUUGGCAGUUCUCCCCGUGCCUGGGUUUUCUCCGGGUACGCCGGUUUCCUCCCACAUCCCAAAAACAUGCAUGCUAGGUUAAUUGAAGACGCUACAAUUGUCUGUCGGUGUGAAUAUGAGUGUGAAUGGUUGUCUGUGUGCCUUGCGAUUGGCUGGCGACCGGUUCAAGGUGCACCCCGCCUCUGGCCCAGAGUCAGCUGAGAUAGGCGCCAGCACGACCAUGAUUAUAGUGAGGUAAGCGGUACGGAAAAGAGAUGGAUGGAUGGAUGGGAGGUUUCCACCUGAUGCCAGCGAUAUGUGUGCUUUUAUUUGGAGAUUGGCUGUAAAUGACACAAGAUAGUGGAAGACUUUAAGAAGUUGGGUUAGCAUUACGAAUGCGGAAUGUUUGCCGUUUUCAGUGUUUCAUUUUUAUGUUUCACUUUUUGAAAAGUCUUAAUUUCCCUCAUUUUAUUGGACAAUUUUGAGGGCUCAUAAUCUUUUGCACCAUUCUAAAGGCUCCUGAUCAUUUUAGCAUAAUCAAGAGCAGGGGUGUCAAACACAUUUGAGUUCACGGGUUCCCCAGUAUAUAUGUGGGCUUAAUAAGCUACAAAAAAAAAAUUAAAAGUUUUCCUGAUUUUUGUAUUGUAUUGGUACAAAUAAUUACAAGUACAUUUGGAAAAUAUUCACAUUUAUUGGUUAUCUUGUUGCAAAUCAUAUGAGCAAUUUCUCAACAAAAAUUUCAACAGUACAUUAUUAUGAAUCCGUUUUUUCUUUUACACUUGUGCAACUUGCAGAUCAGAUAAAAGUGCAUCUAUAUAUUCUACCAUUUAUACUAACUUAAGAUCUAGAAAUCUUUUUUAAAUUUCCAUAAAUUUCUGCAUCCAUCUGGAAAUUUGAAUGAAUCAUUUCGGCAAAAUGUACAAAAAAAAAAAAAUAAUUUAAAUAAAAGAAAACAGCUUGUUAAGGCACAGUCGUGCAAAGACAAUAAAGAUUAUAAUUUAUAUAUAAACAAUCAUUUGCCACUGUAUGUGUAGUUUGCAGCUAUAAGCCAAUUUCCUAAAUAAAAAGUCAUUACAAAGGUUUCCACUGUAUGACUAAUUUUGAUUUAACUGUAUGUAUACUCUAUAUUUAUCCGUGGAAAUCCCAUAUAAUGGAUGAAUACCACUUGAUUAUAAAAAAAAAACACCCGACAAUUUUUUUUCAUUAUGGAGAUAUGAUGUAUAUUAAUAUAAUAAUCCCAUUAGAACAAUUUGUGUCAUUGUAGACAUCAUUGUCUUUUCAUCCCAAGUUGCUUCUUCCUGCUUCCUGUCUCAUAUAUGAUUUUUUUCCAGCAGUGGAAUAUUAUAACUUCACUUGUCUUUUUCACAUCUUGUCACAAUGGGCUAUGUAUUGUAUCAAAUAUUUCCAAUUAUUUUAAGCAAGAAUAAAAAUUGUUUCUAAGUG